UAAUACAAUAAAUUAUUUAAUUAAUGGAUAAACAAGAUUAUUAUCAAAUUCUUGGAGUUGAUAAAAAUGCUACAACUGAAGAUAUUAAGAGUGCCUAUAGAAAGUUAGCUUUAGUAAUUUUUUUCUUGUUACAUAGAUAGAAAUGGCAUCCAGAUAAAAACCGUGACAAUCAAGAAGCUGCCAAAAAAUAAUUUUAAUUGAUUUUAUAAGCUUAUACAGGUAAUUGCUAUUUGAUUUAUAGUUCUUUGUGAUAGCCAGAAAAGAGCAAACUAUGAUAAAUAUGGAACUGCUGAUGGUGAAGAAUAAAUGAAUUUUGAUUUCGAUGAUUUUUUUGCUUAAGAUUUUGAGUCUAUGAUGAACUUCAUGAUGGGUGAUGCUUUUAUGAAAAUGUUUACUAAUGUUGGUAAAUCAGGAAGAGGCAAACACAAAUUCAAAAUUCCUUCCUCUUUUAUUUUCAGAUAAGCAUAACCUUAAAAGAAACCAUAAAAAAAAGAAGAAGAAGAUGAAUGGGAAACUGAAGAAGAAGUUGAUGAAGGUGAUGAUUGGAAAGAUGUAGAUGAUGAUGAUGAUGAUGAUGAUGAUGAUAAAAAUAAUGAUGAUGAUCUAUAAUCUGAUAGUGAUGAUGAUCUUACACAUACAGAAAAUUUAUUUAUGAUGCCUAUGUUUAUAGAAUAAAACAUUAAAGAUACUGAUAGUAUUUCAUUAUUUUAUAAUGUUAGGCAAUAAAUUUAAGUGUAAAUUCGAUGGACAGAUAUUAAAAGAACAUACAUUAGUCUAGCAUUUUGAAAAGAACCAUAAAAAAGAAUUUGCUGCUUGGACUAAAAAAAAGCAGUUUAAAUGAUUAAUUAAUUACAUUAUUUUUUA